UCUGUUGAAGGGUCAUGAGGUCUCCAAACCUCAACUGUGCUCUUCUCCACCGAAGCUGCCAGACCUGCUGAGUUUUUCCAGGUAUUUUUUGUUUUUGUUCUAACAGAUAUUGUUGGUUUUAGGCCUGGAGCGAAUUUCCAGUACUGGGUUUCUUCAGCUCUGAAGAAGGGCCAGAGGGACUCGAAAGAUUAUUUGGGACGUUGCUCUGCUCCGGGUGGUUCGGCAUUUUGUUUGCGGGUUAAUCCCACGGUGGGUUUUGACGCUGUCACCUGUCGCUGCGCCGAAACCAAAAGAAAACCCCUAGAGUAAACAAGGAAACGCCAAAAGUCGCAAACUCCAGUCGGUGCAAUUGACGCGGAAUUGCAGUCGGGGAGGGAGCGUCCAUGGCCCAGCACCGAGAAGGCAAUGGGUAACGUCCUCCAGCUCUGCACCAGAAAGAACAAAUCCAUAAAAAGUAAAUCAAAAAAGAAUAGUACAGUUUCUGAGACCAAGACAAGGGAUGGUAAACGUGUACAGACAAAGAUACAUGAAGAUUCUCAUCCCUAUGAUGAAGUAGCCCCUGACAUACCUGUAUAUGCUGUAGUGAAUAAAACGCAGCCAGAAGAUAUCCACUAUGCUGAAGUUCAGGUGAUCCAACAGGGAUCUCGACGCACACUCAAGCAAGUUAAGGCCAGACAAAAAGAAAACGCAACGGAGUAUGCAACCAUUAGCUUCAAUCCCAAGAUGAAAUAUGACAGAAAAAAUGGGACUCUGGUUGGAUUGAAUCCUGAAGGAAAAAUAUAUCCUAUCCAAUGAAGCCACGUAUGGGUAGGCUGUGGUGCAUGAGGAUGAAUUUGCACUUGGGUUAACCCUUACUUGUCAAUGAGUUACCUGAAUAUUUGUGCAAAUGACCUGUAUGCUAUAAACACUUCAAUGAUUGUGUACACAGAGAUUGUAAAUAUAUCAACUUAAAAAUUAUUAGUAUUGUAUGUUUUUCUCAAUGGUUAGGGGCUGGGUUUCAAACGCAGCAGGGUCAGGGCCCUGUGUGGGCACCAUUCGGAUACGCUAGUCCCAGAGGUCAUCUCAGGAUCCCGACGCCUCCAGGACAGUUUUGUAUUUUCAGAGGGCCAGUGGUGGGGAGGGAGCGUGAAACGUGGGCACCACCAAUUAACAGCUCAUUAAGGAGCCUGUCCCUUGGGGUUUGGAAUUUUUAAAUUACUUUCCGUCGAGCCUAAAAGUGUUGUUGCUGGGGGGGGGGCCCCCAUAACCAAGUAAUUUUUUCUACGGUUGCUCGGAGGCGAAAUUUGAGGGACCAACUAGGGUUGGCAUGAGCGCCACACCAAAUUUUGUCAUCCAUGGCUGCUUUCCACCUCCUGGCUCAAGGCAGCAGCAACUCUCAACAUGGCUGGGUGGGCUGUUCCUGCCUCGUGGAGGCACUCGGUGCCUCUUGUUGGGCACAAAGCUCACCUCCUGCCCAGUUAGGCCAUUUGCAUGUAAAAAUAGCGUCGUGGUAACGAUGCAGUUUGGGCAUGGGCCAGGGCCCAGAAUUCAUCCCAGUCCCCGGGCUCUAAAAUGUUGAAAAGGGUGAAGUCAGCUUUGAGAUGUUCAGAUUGGAUUACACAUUGUACAAAAUAAAUCAAGAAAGCAUGCAAAAUGA